ACAAGCAGGGACAUCUUAACACUGUAUCUGAGAGACAACAGUCUUGAGCUUUUACAAAGCAGAGUUCGACACUGUCAAAUCUUUGGACGAAAGAAUUGGAACUAUUUUCCGGUGUAACAGGACAAACAACUUUAUUUUGACUUUUGUUUCAAUUUCACGUACAGCAGAAACCAAAGAUAUAAAUGGAAAAGGACGUAGGCCGACUUGGAGAACGCGUAACCUACAAAACUCUUGAGGAACCGGAGCAGAAGAUUUUUGAUGGAAAGCCAUUCCCUUUGAUCAUCACGCCGUCAGAUGAUGAACAGUUUGUGGACAGCACCGACGUCAACGAAUGGCUGAAGGAAAAGAAGGAAGACCUCAAAGAUCUUUUGCUUAAAUACGCCGCCAUUUUGUUCCGCGGCUUUCCCGUGGACGCCCCAGUUCACUUUGAUAAAUUUGUCCGGUCUCUUGGCUUCGAUGCUUUCCCUUACAUAGGGGGCGCUGCACCCAGAAAUGUGGUGGUUGGUGACGUGUUCACCACCAAUGAGGCUCCUCCAGACAAACUCAUAGCUUUCCAUCACGAGGUCUCACAGGCUCCAAAAUCUCCUGAAACCAUUUUCUUUUACUGUGAUGUUCCGGCAAAGGAGAACGGUCAGACGGGAAUCGUCUUAUCCAAUGUUGUGUACAGAGAAAUGAAGAAGCGGGAACCGGAUUUUGUGGCGGAAUUGGAAGAGAAGGGUGUCCAUUACAUCCGGGUAUUGCCGGACGGUGACGACAACAACUCGGCGAUUGGUCGAGGAUGGCAGAGCACGUACCUUGUCACCGAAAAACAUGAGGCGGAAGAACGCGCGCGCGAGCAAGGCACUACCUUCAGCUGGCUUCCUGACGGCUCCAUGAAAACUACCACCAUGCUGCUACCGGCCAUGCGCGUGGAUAAAAGAACCAAUAAGAUGAUGUGGUUUAAUGCGAUUGACGAUGCCUACAGGGCUUAUGACGACGCUAGAAACAUUCCCGAAGAAUCUGUCUGCUUUGGAGACGGCAAAUAUAUGGAGGCUGACAAAAUGGAUGUUAUGAAAGACGUCCUGGAAAGUAAUGCUGUAGAUUAUAUGUGGCGUCAUGGUGACGUCAUUAUGAUUGACAACAUUCAGGUGCUUCACGCACGUCGCCCGUUUGAACAUCCGCGAAAAGUGUACGCCUGGAUGUGCAUUUAAAUUUCGUCAAUCAUUGCCACAUGUACUCCAGUAAAAACCUGUACUUACUUAUGUGGGGGCUGAAAUGGCGACUUUUAUUUGGAAAAUACCAUUUGACAUAACUUUCAUAUGGACUCGAUUUACGUUGAG